AUGCCUCGAUUGAACUUCGACAUCGAUGAAGCGACCAUUCUGAAGACCUACAAGAUUGGCUCGCUGGAACCAACGAAGUGGGAAGUGGUGGACCACGACUUCGACGAUGAGACGGUUGCGAGCUCAUUUUUAAGUCCGAAUGCCAUUGCUGGUGAGGUGAGGGAGAAGGAGGCGUCGGAUCCACUAGGGCUGGGGACUACACAAAACGCGGCAGACCUCGAUAUGGAGACAAAGGCUGCCGUCAUAAUCACCUCCAAAACUUUUGACCCAGCCGCGUAUCUCUCUUUCGCACACCCGAACGCGACGUACCAAGACCUUGCCUACGGCAUUGCACAUCUCCAGAGCUCCAUAGAAGCGCGUAGCGAAGCUCUCCGAGUUCUCGUGGAGAACAACUUCGACCGAUUCGUUGCGGUGAAGGCGUCGACGGAUGGACUGUAUGAAGACAUGAAAGCGGGUCUGUUAGCCUCAGAAACAGACUACGCGUCCAAACCCCUGCGACGGCAUCUGAAGGGUGGUGUGCAGAAGGCUAAUCAGAUCUUUCUUCCCGUCCUCGAGACCGCGUCCAAAGCCCAGAAGCUGCGAAGUACACUGGGUGUGUUUGAACGGUCCAAGUUCUUCUUCAACCUCCCUAGCUUCAUCAUGGAAUCUACCGACGCCGGCCGGUACGAGCUCGCCCUCCGUGACUACAAGAAAGGCAAAUACCUUCUGGAGAACCGACCAGGGCAGCUCCUCCCUAUCGGGCCAACGAAAGAUGAGCCGACGUCGGUAGCGGCGCAGCAGCGUCAGAAGAGGGUCUUGAACAAAGUCUGGACGAGUGUGGAGAAGGCGAUGGCCGAGAUGCGCAAGGUCUUGGUAAAACAGCUAGAGGACGGAACGAGGAGUGUCGAGGAGCAAGAGAAGACCAUCGAGAUGUUGCUGGAAUUCCAGUCAGGCGACGACCCCGUGUGGACGUACCUCGACAGUCACCACACGCAUAUCAUGAACCAGAUGAGCUCUGCACAUCGAGCGUCGGUGGCAACUAUUGAAGAGAUCCUCGAGGCGUCAAGAAUCAAGAGAGGAAACAUGACCUUGGAAUCGUCAUUAGAAAUGCAGCUACAGACUGCCAUGCGGCACCUGGAGGACAGGCAGGUCGAUGUAGUCAUUGCAACAUCUGCAGCGGAACCUGCCUGGCUGGCGGUGCUCGACCUCGUCAGGUACAUCUCUGAGGCAAUUUCGUCUUCUCUGCCCAACUUUUGGAGGAUCUCAAAGAACUUUAUCGACGGCAAAUACAAGAAGCCCACGAAUACCUCCUCGGGCUCGCGGCGGAGCCCAAGCCAAUGUCAAACCAUGGCUUUCGAUAUCGUGAAGCUCUACAUCUCGCUCAUCUCGCAAACCUUUGUGCUGUCCGACAUGGUAGUUAUGACCUCUCCCAGCAACGCGGCUACCUAUACCCACCCUCCGCUCCUCCCUGUUGACUCGCAUUCACCAUCUACAGCGCAUUACCUACAUAAGAUCCUCGGAGAAGUGCAGGAGUGCGUUAACGAGAUCAACGCUCUGGAAAUUUCGAGCGAUGUGUCCAAUGGGCUGAAGAGCUUGAUCGAGAGUUUGAAGUGGAGGCUCGAGGAUGUUCUGGUGAAUGCGUGGCUGAGAGAUGCUCGAAUGUUCUACCAUCUGGAAUCAUGGACCGUCAGUCGAGAAGAGCCCUCUGCAACGCACUACCUCUCCAAGUUUGAGAUGUUUCAGCGGCAUCUCACGACGUCCGCAUACAAGAUCGCAGCAGGGGCCGACCUCCCUUCGAGCCUCUCCUCAUCGAAAUCUUCUCGGCAACCAGCCGUCGCACAGGUCUUCAUCACGAAGAUCUCGAGGGCCUUCCUAGACGCGCUCUACGCCCUCCUCGAUGGCUUGGUAUUGCUGGCAUCGCAAGAGUCGCCGAUCCUUUGCAAGCGGCCGUCAUUCAAGGGCACGGAGAACGCCAUGGAGAUGAGGCUCCACGAGCUGCUAGAUCUGAAGGAUGGCAAUGUCAGGCUGCUGCUCGUCAUCUCGAACUUGAAGCAUCUAGGCAGAGCGGUCAUUCCGGGGAUGCUGGUGCAGGUGGAAGCGGCGUUUGGGAUAACGCUGGCCGACGACCGUGCUACACUGACGGGUGUGGUGGAUGAGCUGGACAAGACGUUGUUCGACGAGUACGUCAAGCCUAGAGCCAAAGUGCUUACGGACAUCCUCCGAGAAGCGGUCUCCGGCCCCGCCAUCGAUUGGUACAGAGCACCCCAGCCCACUGCCGUUCGCCCGUACGUUCUCGGAAUCAUGAACUACCUUGUGGAGGUGCAUGCGCAAGUCUGCAACGUGGCCAGUAAUUUGCUGGAUCGAACAUUGAAUGCCUUGCUCGAUGAGCUGGUGGCCGAGGCUGGGCGGUGCUUUUCCCAGAUCAAGCGCUUCGGGACUGGUGGCUUGCUCAUAGCUGUGAUGGAGUUGACAUUCAUAUCAAAAUCCUUGGGACAUUACGGGCCAGAAACGGCGGCUGGAAAGUUUUUGGAGGAUCUAUACACCCACAAAAUCACCCAGGCGUACGCUCCGUCAGCGAAGGAAACUCAAGAGUUUAAGGUUGCAUUCGAGGCCAUGCAGAAGGCGUUGGGCGACGCUCGGAGGGCAACUGCGGUCCAGUUCCUGUGUUUCAGACAGGCUAAGGAGAAAGGUGCAAGUAGCGAUAGCAGAAAGGACACCAAGGAUCGAGACAGGGACCAGGACAGCAUGACGAGCACAAGGGCGGGUGUGACAACAACCCCGAGUCGCCGCGGCGAGAACGGGAUGGGAGGUGGUCCUAAGGAGAGUGGGCGAAGUCGCAGCAGAAAUGAGUGA